AUGGUCCGGAGUAUCAAUGGAGAUAUUGUCAGAGACAAAUUCCGGCUUGAAAAAGGUGCAGCGCCAAACACACAUGUCAGCAGCCAGGCUAGCAAGGAUAGAGUGGAACUAGGGAGGCUGGAAGUUAAGGAAGGUGAAAUCAGGUACAUGGAAAAUAGCUUUUGGGUGACUCUGUCUGAUGAGGUUUCUGGCAUGAAGGAUAUUCUAGACGCAUGCCCGGACUACGAGAGUGAUACUGCUUCUCUUGAAAAUGGGCCGUCAAUAUCAGAUGGGGGCCAAGCAUAUGUCUACAGCUUCAACUCGAUUGUGUGCAAUCUUGCUGCAUUUUACCCAACGCCGGAUCGGAUUCUCCUCCUCUGGCAAAUUUUCGUCGACCAAGUUGAUCCCAUUAUCAGAAUGCUUCACAAGCCCACGAUGCAAGCGCAAGUCAUUAAGGCAAAAGAUCACGCAAUUGAAAUGAGCAAACCUAAUGAGGCGUUGCUGUUUGCAAUUUACUUUGCAAGUAUCACAAGUAUGAAUGAAAAACAAUGUCGCGACGUUCUUCAGGAAGGGAAAGCCUCCUCGCUGCGCAGGUAUCGAUUCGCAGUGGAGCAGAGCCUUGCGAGAGCCGAGUUUCUAAGCUCUCAUAAUCUUGUCACACUCCAAGCUCUUUUCUUCUCACAUACAUGUCAGCGCAAUCAUGAUGACUCUCGACUGGUUUGGACACUGACAGCCACUGCUAUUCGGAUAGCUCAGUCCUUGGGUAUCCAUCGCGACGGCUCCAACCUCGAGCUCACCACAUUUGAUACCGAAAUGCGUCGCCGUGUCUGGUGGCAGAUUUGUAUACUAGACGUUCGUACCGCCGAAAACCAUGGCUCCGACCAAGACAUUGCGCAGCAAAUCUUCGAUACGAGACUUCCCUCCAACAUCGACGACGAAGCCCUUGUCCCUGGAUGUCUCGACCUUCCCCUAUUGCGAACAGGGAUCACUGAAAUGUCUCUUUCGCUCAUGAGAUAUGAAAUUAUCAACGUCAUUUGGCAACUGCGGUCACAGUCCAAGGCCUGCGCCAUUGCUUAUGAUGCCGAAUAUUCACACUCAGUCGUGCAAGAAAUAGACCGAAUCACGGAUGAUUGUAGCAAAAAGCUCGAAUCUCAAAUCCUUCAGUACUGCGAUAUGCAUGUUCCUUUUCACUGGCUUAUUACUACUGUCGCCCGUAUGAUGCUUGCGAAGAUGUGGAUUAAUGUUCAUCAUCGCUUCCAGCUUGCAGGAACAGGAAACGACUACAAGGAGCAUGGCAGAGAUCGCAUUUUUUCUAUGUCGUUAACGAUCGUGGAAACCUGCUUGCUUUUGGAAAGAGAGCAGUCGAUACAACAGUGGAGAUGGGCUUUCCGAAACUAUGUCCCCUGGCAAGCUCUGACCUUUAUCCUCUCCGAGCUCUGCGUGCGGAAACAAGGCGAUAUAACGGACCGAGCAUGGAAGGCGGUACGGGGUGCCUUUCUAGAAUGGGCAGACUGUGCCGCAGAAAAGGGACAUGAUACAAUCUGGCUACGCAUGAAGAAACUAUUGGCAAAAGCCCAAAGGGCAAAUGGUCUGGACCCGAUUGAUCUCUCUUAUACCCAUAUCCCAGACUCUCGGCCAUUUGUGACUCGUGAGACGGGUGUUUCAACUGUGGAUCCCGUUUUCUUGCCAUCCAGGCUAGAAGACAUGUCUAGUCUAGGUACUGAGCCGGUCUCAGUGCGCAACCCUUAUCUUACUAUCCCUCCAGAUGCUGAGAGAAACCCAUUGAUGACACAGUGGGAUGGGCCUGAAUUGCUCCAUGAUGAUAUCAGUUUCCCGACUGCGGAUGAUUAUUUCAGCAUGGUGGAUUUGACAACGACAAUUGAUUUGUCACUGGAUCAGGAUGGUGCAGCAGCCCAAGAUCUGCUGCCGUCGGCGGCAUUGGAUAAUUGGUGGCAAUGA